CUACCGCUGGAAGUGCGAAAAUACUUAUAAAAUCUGCUGUCUUUUCUACAGCGAUGGAACCUUUGUCAGCAUCUUACUACGGCAAAAUAGACGAAAAAAAUCCGGUAAUUAUCGCAUUCGAAAAUGAAGUCAAGGAGUUCAGGGGCUUCAUCAAAAAAUUGAAGAGAACCUGGGUGGGAAUUCCCAGAUAUGCUCAGAAUUAUAAAAAGGGGUUUAACAGUUUAUUUGAUAUCUGGAACAAAUAUGAACCUCGAUUACCAGUGAACUUUUACUAUGAAAAAAUGAUGGCAGUUGGAGAUUUUCUUGCUCAAGCCAAGGAGUACAAACUUGCAAUUUUUCAGUGUUAUGGAAGGUACCUUCAGCAGUUCAGUUGUGACAAUUGGACACAUAUCACUGAUGUAAACCAGUUUAAGGCUACCUUUUUUCCAAAUGGCUUUGAACAUGGAAAUGCAGGACUGACAUUCAGAGCUUUGCAAGGACUGAACAUCUGUAGUUAUUUGAUGGUGAAAAAUGAUGACAUAAAUCUUCAAAAUCCAGAAUCUGUGAAGAAAUGCUUAAUUAUCUUGUCCUUCUUCCGACUCAUCAUGCAAGUGGUUCUACCACAAGAAAACCUUUGCUGGAUUGUUUACAAUGGAACUAUUCAUAUAUAUACCAUAUGCAGACAUCUGCUGGCUACUGGUCAUGCUGCCAAGACUUUAGAAUACUUAUUAUGGGCUAGUAUAUGCAUGGAGUCGUCUGUUCCACUGGUUUCAGUUCAUUAUCUUACAUGGCGAACCACCCUUUACACUGCUGUUUGCCAGUGUUACUAUCACUGUCUCGCUGGUGUACAUGCUGAGGUAUUUGCUCGCCGUGCACUUAGUAAAAUCAGUGAACUGAGUCAACUAGAAGAUUUGAGCUCAUCAGUACAAACUGAAGACAAAGAAAGAAUCUUUAGGGAAGCUACUGCCAAGAUGGCAGUUCUGGUCUUCAAAAGAGCAGUGUUUGAAUCUAGGAGAAAACCAAAAGGGUAUUUUCGACCAAAGCAAAGAAGUACUUUCAAAGAUAUGCAAAAUUUGCCAUGGCCUCGUACCAGUGUGGAGCGACUACUGACAGAAAUGUUUGAUGGCAGUACUGUUCAAUUUCUCGCAAUCUUAGAAGCCAUCUCAGAUAGUAAUAGACGGAUACUGCAGACUGGCCCUCCUGCCAUUGAUGAACCAGAAGUUCAGGAUGUGAUCUUAGAACUUUUCCUUGCUGGACUGGAAAUCCUGUCAGGAGGAGGUGGUAAUGCAGAGCGUGGCAUACAGCCAGCAGACCAUCCAGACCCUCUUGCUGCAGUUACUGAAUCCAAAACACUAAUUCAGCUUGUAGCUGCAGGAGAAGAUGGAGUAUCUGUUGAGGCUGCUGUGAAAUUUGUAAAGCUUGCUUUCAACUAUGAGCAGUGGGAUGUGCUUGACGUUGUAAUUGAACCAGUAUUUGCUUUCUUAGGGAGUCUAAAAGAUAGAGUCUGGAGGAUAGCAGAACUGGAACUAAAACUUCUUGUUGCCAUGGAGCCACUGGUUUCCGAACGGAAAGUCAAGCAUACCAGUAUCUUCAUGGAAAGUAAUGUCCCAUCUGCUCAAGGAGAAUUGCUGAAGUAUGGACAGGCAGUUAGCAACUGUCAUGAUGAUCUUGUUAUUUUCGCAGAAAUUCUUUACUCCUGCGUUUGUGCUACUUCCAAGGAGAUUCAGCCUGACAAGGAUAUGAUUGCUGAUGCAGUUAUGUUUCUGUGGCAGAAAUGCAGAGCAGCAGUUCAGAGAGUCCACAUGGGAACAGAUUAUCUAAGACACUUCCAAAAACUUGAAUCUUGUGGCAAAUGGGUUUACAUCCUCUGGCUGAUCCAUGAAGUUAUCUAUACCGGUAACAUAGGACACUCAAACCCAAUAGUAACUGCAGAAAUUGCAUUGCGUUUGGCUUUGAUACUAGACAGCAUUGCAGAAUAUUCUAUUAAAUCUGGAAAGAAGUCAGGCCAGUCCUGUGAACAAACUGCAGAUGGAAGUCUACAUAAACAGAAUGAAGCUAUUUAUAACAUACUAAAGGUCUCUGAUGUUCAGAAAAGGUACAAUGAGCUUCUUCAAAUGGAGUCUCCCAGGCCUUCUGCAGUCCCUCCUGUUCUUGCUGCCUUGUUGGAUGCUUUUUCCACAGCUUCUCAGACUCCUGAUUCCCUGAACCUGCUCCUAAAAAAACCCAGUAGAUUUUAUAAUGUGCCUGAGGAUUGCAAAUGUUUUUAUAGGUGUCCCUCUGCUGACCCUUCUGUGGUUUUUGUUGCCUCUGACAAACCAUCUAAACGUUUGCCUUCUACAAAGCUGCUUCCCUCUGACAAAGACAAAAGAACUAUGCAGAGGUUUGGUAAGAAAGUGUAUAUUUCUGCUACCUUGGCCUUUAGAGUUGUGAACUACCAGACCCAUAUGACCACAUAUAUUUUAGCUCUUCUGUCUCAGGCCUGUCAAGUUAUUUCAUAUCUUCCUGAUGCUGAGGAGAUGACUUCAACUCUUUCUUUACUAAGGGCUUCUUCUCAUGUUGCUAGUCAUUCUGUUAAACACAGUUAUGAUGCAGCUGAUGCCUCAUCUAGAGCUGCUGCUUCUGGUUCUGUUUUAAGGUUUUCCUGGCUUCAACUUCAACCUUUGCCUGAUGAUAUUAAGAAAACUCCCACAGAGCAGAUGUUUAUUGCUUAUGAGAUUCUGGAAAAGACAAUUCAUUGCGUAACUGUUGCUAGAGCUGUGACUGCUGUACCAGAUGGAUCUUCAGUUGCUUGCCCGAGCCAUGUGAAAAAUCUGGUAGGUCAAGAGUCAGAAAGAGCAAACAAGACUGCCACCACAGCACAAGUCAGUGAUGGUAACCUGGUUACAGCAAGUAACAUUAUUACUGAUUUACACUUUGAACUGAUUGUUGCGUGGCACAGAGCUUCAGUGAAACUUCUUCAUUUAAUGAAUGAAUCAGAUAUACUGAAAAAGAUCAACAAGAACAAACUGUCAAAAGCUAUGUUUCUGGCUCAGAAAGCGUUGGUUGCAUCUGAGAAACGGCAAAUCAAUGUGCCUCAGAAACAACUUAUUGAGGAAGCUAUGGUACUAAUUCAAAAGGCCGAGGCAGAAGAGAAUAAAUUACAUUCCUUAAACAAUCACGAGGAUAUUACUAUCAAAAACAUUCCUCCACCUCCUAUACUGCUUUAUCGAAGCCAUUGCUCAAUGAUUUUCAGACCAGGCUUCUUUUCCUCAAAAGUGAAGGUUUCAUGGUAUUGCAUUUAUGGACGUGCAGCAACUGGGAGCAAUGUAAAAGUCCGGUUCAAUGACUGCUACCUUCCUGGUACAGGAAUACAGGUACCUGCAGCUGUGGAGUGCUUUCUGAAAGUUGAAGGCCUGGAACCCAAUGAGAAAUAUGUGUUUGCAGUUGCGGCAUAUUCUGCAAAUGGAAAACUUAUUGGAGAUGGUAUUGGGGAAACAACAAAACCAAUCCUUGCAUACCCUCCUCUUCCACCUGUUAAUGCGUGGGCCUAUCUUACUCAGGUUGCUUUUCGGACUGCCUGUUAUCCAGUUGCUAAGAAAGCCUUUUCAGUUUUGUGGAAUCAUUUUAUUUGCACUUCCUCUUCACCAACUGAGGGUCAGUUGAAGACUUCUAGAAGAAGAAACAGACAUGAAAUGUCUCUGAAAAGGCUUCACCUUGAGGCAGUGCAAAAAGCAUCACAUGCUUUUUUACAGCUCUUCUUAGAUGCAAUAUUUGUCAUCUGUGAUAUAAAUAUUAAAGAAAAAGGCCUUUUCUAUGAUCGCUUGUGUGACCAUGGGCCACCUUUCAAAAAACAGAUAUGCAGGCUGGAUGAAUGUGAACGAUUGUUGGUUGCUCUGCAGCUAAGUAACUGGUUAGAUGAUGCUAACUAUUCCCUACAAGUUGUUGUGCAGUGCUAUGGCCUUCUUGCUCCCAUGAUGUAUUACAGAAUACCUUCCAUACCAGUAAUACAGAUCUUGACAAAAUGUGUAGCUGUUUUACAAGAACUACCCUGUUCAGUCUGGCAGAGGAGGCCUUCAGGAAUGACAGAGAGCAUCCAGCAUAUGAUAGCUUGCACUACUUACUACAUAGCAAAGGUGCUGCGAUCGUGGGGAGAACAUGAAUUGUGUUCUGUCAUCGUUGAUACUGGAAAGAAGCUUUUAUUUGAUAUUUCAGGGAGUGUUUCAAGUCUUGCUCCAACAGGGCAGUCUAAAUGUAAUAUGAAUGAUGGAACAGUGAAAGCAGUGGAACCAGAAGUUGACAGACAGACUCCCUCAGCAAAGAAGACUACAAAGAAGAAAUCACCAGGACUCUUGGACGAAGCAGUGAAUGAGCAGCUAAAAGCACUUGAAGCAAAUAUGUUGAAACUGACAAAGCAUGUCAGCACAACAGAACUAACUGGACAAGAGAACCCAUCUGUGCUGUAUGCUGUUAUUGAAUGUUUGCCAACUAAAAUGGCUUAUAAAGAAGUUAUCAAAUUCAAACGCAGAGCUCGCUUCCUAGAAUUCCACGUUCAGUUGAUUCAAAAAGCUGUAAAUGAAGAAAAGUUUGAACUUGUAAUAGAAUGGACUGAUGAAGCUCAGGCAUGGCUGAAGAAGAGAAAUGAAUACCUUUCCAUAAAUAAAACAGAUACUGAAAAAGAAGCAGGUGAGCUCACAGUAGUUGGAAAUGAAAGAAGGGGUCGUGCAGCAGCCAUAGUUGAGUAUUACAGGAAUGCAGAUCAUGAUCUUAGUAAGAAAAAACAAGAAGCACAGAAGAAAAGAGCACAUGUGGAAAAAUGCCAUGCAACUCAACAAGAUGUUCAGAAAGGUGCUGCAACACAGAGAGUCCUAAAGUUUUUUGGCAUUAUGGCUACCGAUAACAGCUUGGACACUUCCAUGGAGUUUCCAGUGCAGUCAUCAACAAAUUUGGUUGCUGGUACAAAUGACAUUGGUAACCUGACCCCACUACUGCACCUUAUGAAUAAAAGGCUUGACACUCUAUCUUUGCGCAUGGACAAUUUAUCUCAACCUGGCGCUGUAGUAAGACUGAAAAUCCCUGCAGCUUUGAACACUACAAGAGGGCUUUCAAAUGUUUUGAGUUCUCAAAACAACAUAAGUUGUGGAGUGGGAUCAAACGGAUCUAACACAUCGUCUAGCAACAUUCCUGCUGGGAUUAAUAGCACUGGCGAACUUGUUGGAUGUUUUAAAACUACAACCAAGUCCUCCUUAGGGCUUAUUGGGCUUCCUAAUGUUUCUGAGUGGUUAAAAGCACAGCCGGUUUUUGGAGGUAACAGUACCGAUGUGCUUGGUGAAUGCCCGGCUGAAGGAGGUGAGUCAUUGAAAGUUAAAUUAAAAGAAAUUGAUCGAAAAAUGUUUAAGCUAAAGAAAUUACAACUGGAAAUCAAGUAUUUUGAUGAAUGUAAAAAACAAGGUGUAGUUCUGAAAGGUUUACGGUCUUGGCAGUACCCUUCAGGUUUGGAAGCGGGGACUGACUUUUACAGCGAGUUGAUAGACCUUUUUAACAAACACGGUACUGAGCUAAUGGAUACUAUGUGCAAGCAUUAUUCUGUUACCAUAGACUGUUUAUCUAAAGAUAUUACAGAGUUGAACCAGGCCAUAAAAACACACCCUGAUUUUGUAAGGUACCACUACAACUACAAGAGGGUGUUUUCCUCCAUUGAACAACAGUUGAGUAAAAAUGCUGAAGUGAAAUUAAAAAAGUUAAGGAGAGACGUAAGUGACUAUAAGAAUGGGGUGGUUUACCUGAAACCACCACCUUCUCAGGGCAAAAAUAUUUUUGGUCACCCAAUUACUCAGAAUGUUAACCAUAACAGCAUGGACACCGAUUCUGUUGUUAAGCUGCCCCUAGGGGCAGGGGUUCUGAUAGACUUAAAACUUUACAUUCGGAAGCUGAACUUGGUUCUAAUAUUUGGUGACAAAGUUAUCAAUGUUGGUCCUUUAAGGGUGGCUAGUACUUACAACCCACCUAUUUGUCCUUCCUUAUCUUUGUUUGAACAUAUGUGCGAGUUUGAUUUAAGAAACUUACACAAGGAUGUUAAGAAACAUGACACGGUGAACAUUACCAAAAACGAGGCUGAAGCCCUCAGGUCCGUUAAAUCUUUACCAGUCCGAAUUUUGAAACCAGACAAAGGCAGUGGACUGGUGAUUAUGAACAAUGAUGACCAUGAGACUAGAAUGUUGGGAGUGUUGAAACAGAAGGAAGAGAAGGAAAAGAAGGCGGUAAAUACUCUUCGGGUUCUGCUUACUCCUCUGGUGUCAAACUUUUUAAAGCAGCGAAAGCAACAUCGAACAUACACUGAAGAAAUGCCAUGGAGAUGCCAGAUGAACUUGCUUCUAGGGACUACACACUUCAUUUUGUUUCAGAAAAGACUGAUAAAGCAUUACAAGCAAUGGGAUCAAAACUUGCAAAAAACAGAAAGCUAUGAAUGUAUUGACCCAGAAGUAUUCUCACUGCAUAAUUCUGGCACUAUAGUAAAAGGAACUGAAGUAGAAGCCGUAGAGGAAAGAAACCAGAUCCAUCAGCUGCUGGGACUUCUUCCAAAAACACAUGCAGGAAGAAGAAGGAGAGCAACAGGAGAUAGCACUGCGUCAGAAGACAGUGGAGAGGAUUCUCAUCGAACUCAAUCAUCAAGUGAAUACUCUGAUGAAAAACAAGACCAGGAAGAUGUGUCAAAUGAAAUUCUUCAUGAUCAUCUUACUAAAGCAUUUCUACACUUCAGGAGAGCACUGGUACUUGCCCAUCGUGGAGGUCACUGGACAUUAUUUCAGAAUGCUUGUCGUGAGCUUUGGAACAGUGCUCGUGCAGUUAAUUUGCUUACAAGGACAUCACCGUGUACUGAUGGAGUUUUUGUUGUUACCACAGACUUGUACAACAUUCUCCUUUGUUUGCCAUUCUUUCUAGCCUCAGAGCUGAUUCUUGAUAUGAUAAUUCAAUUGCAGAAUACUGUCUGUGACAUUAAGUUUGUAGGUCCUGAGAAUGCUUUUUGUACUCCAAGCUGUGUAGGAGAUAUCACAGAUGAAGAAGGUGGAUCUAGUCUGGUCUUUGAAUCUCCACUAGAUGAUGUUAAUAUGCUUGAUUUACAAUGGAUACAAGCUAUCAUACUUAAAUCCAUAGAGAUAUUAUAUCAUCUGAAGAAGUGGGAGGCUCUGGCAUACAUAGCAAUACAGUUCAAUAUAAUAACACAUGAACGCUAUGCUGAACAAGUAACUCCUUUACUAGUGCAUGCACAGAGGCAUCUUAUUGAAACAAUUGAUCAGCUCUGUGGUCCAAAACCUCCACAGCCUCAUAUGAUUGAAAUGAAUACCAAUGAAAAGAUCACUUGCAGAAACUUUAUUGGAAAACAGCUUCAUGUUUCAACUAAAUCUGAUGAGGCAAUAAAGCCUGGGGGCCAUAUUGAUCCUGAAGGACAUGAUGUUUAUUCAGGUGGAAGAAGAGCAAAGACACUGGUGUGUGUGCCUCUGGAUGUGUUGGAUACAUUGAAGUGUUUCCGAGAGACUUCGGAUAAAGCCCAGUAUUAUAGCAGAGCACUUAGGCACAGCAGAAAAUUGCUUACAUUAUUCCUUGUUCACACUCAGCAAGGAUCAGACUUCUUGACAAGUAAGGGCAGUUACUGCUUCUCUGGAAGAGUUGAGUUCAGUAGGGGAGCUGCAAUGAGCCAGUAUCCAGCCCCUGCUGAUCUAUCCAAGGAAGAAUUUGUCUCAUCUGGCAUGAUUCAGGCCAAGGCCAUUCCAGAAUCCCAAAUUUCUGUUGUUAUAUCUGCCUAUGAAAAAACUAUCGAGCUUCUUCAGGCCAAGAACAAGCAUGGUCUAAGAUCUCAAGCUUUACAUGAACUUGGAAAUCUUCACUUCUAUGCAGGACAUACAAGGACUGCUUUUAAGUGUUGGUGCCAAUCACUGGAUGCAGCACUAAACUAUUCUGACAUUCUUAACACCUGGCAAGAACUGGGUACCUCCUCUAGUAUGAAAACAUGUACAGAAGAAAGAGAAGGUGUGGAUUACAGUGAAAUGUUUUUAAAUCAAGCUGGCAUCUGGGGUUGUUUACAUGCUGCUGUCCUAACUGCUAAAAUUGCACAGUACAUUUUAACAUCAGAUAUCAAAUUGCGAAAUGAGUGCUGCAUUUUAUCUGCAUUUCUUUUCAAGGCCCUUUUCAGAGCUUCUCUUCCACACCCCAGAUAUGACUGUGACUACGCACAAUAUGACAUUGGUGAAGGUUGUGCUACCACUGAACUUAUUCCUGGAAUUGAUCUAUUUUCUGACUGGUACAGAGCUGAUAUACGUGUUGUGGUAGCAAGUCUCAGUUUUCUGAAUCAGGAAUUAUAUGAUGCCAAGCAGCACCUCCUUGUUUUACCAUUGUUAACACUAUACCAAUACUUUGUUACCACAGUUUGCUCUGAUCCUCACAAGACUAUUGAAGGAAGAAUUCUCAAGGUAAAGGUCCUAACAGAACUGGGAAUGUUUACUGAAGCAUUUUGUGAGCUCUCUAUUUUACUGCAAGGAAAAAAAAAUCCAAGGAAAAUAUUUGGUGGUUAUCUUCCUGCCCACAAAAAUAAGAUCAAAUGGAACUUUGAUGCUUCCAAAUCUACCCUGGAUGCAAAAAAUGUUGAGGCAUUGGAAGGAAUAAUCAGUAAAGACCCAGUUGCAUCCCUGAUAACACUGUUUGGGCAGCCAGUUAUUAACAGGAUUUUACUGGCAAAGAUCCAGUUUCUUAUUAAGAUUGCUUCAACGAUAAGCCACAUGCCAGCAAAUGCAAACCAGACGAGUCACACUGAUGAAGCUGACAGCAAUCAAGUCAUAGAAAAUGAUAACAGGGAAAAUAUAUCAGACUCUAACUCAGUAACUACGCCUGCUCCUUCUGAACACCCUUAUGUGGCAACUGAUGAGAAGAAGAACCCUGUGAAAUCACUGCCUGAUAUACACAUGAAUGACUGCAGACAUCUAAGCUUGUCUUCAUUAAAGGAUCUGUUGUUAUCAAAGGCAGAAGAAAAAUUAAAUUUGUUAAUAGAAGACAUUGAGUUGGAAAAUACUGAUGUAUGUGAUUCAUCUGCCAUGACGCUAGAAGUCCUUAUAGAGGCCAGACUUCUACUAGCAGCAGCAGCAUUGCAGAGACAACAAGCAGCCUUCAGCACUGCUCUAGUUUUGUCUGCAAUUCAUCAUCUGCAAGAUGCAAAAAUAUAUUUUCCAAAACAGCAACAAGUCAAGCGCAUUACUUCUGCAUUACGAACAGCUGGGCAGAAAAAAAAAGAGAAAAGUCCUGAAAAUGACCCUGAUGUUAAUGUUAAUUCUCAUCCUCAUGAAGUGGAAGCCUAUGGACGUCUAGGCAUACGUCUAUGGAUGAGAUGUCGUUUGCAGUUAAUAGCUACUCUGACAGCACAUAUAACUGGUGUGGCACUCAUAAAAGGUAGUGAACACUCCUUAAACUGCUCCAAUUUAAUUCAUGAAGGAAUAUCAGAAGCAGAAGCCUUUAAUGACAUUGAGGCACACGCAAUGAUAACAAUGCAAUCUGCUUUACUAGAUCUUCAAGAAGGAUGCCCAAGAAGUGGAGUUAAAUUACUUCUGGAGGGCUUAAUUGAGUUACUUCAAGGAAGGCACUUUCUUUCUCCUUCAGCAUCAUUAACACUUGCACAAGCUGCGGCUCAGCUGGCUGAUUUGAGGAAGAUGCUUACAGAUAAUGACAUUAAAUAUUCUGAAGAGCAGUACAUGGAGUCUUUAAUAUCUGCACAGAAAAUAAUUCUUCAACAGCUUUCAGCAUUUGGGGAAGUACUGACAACUCAAGCCCUGGAUACUGCUCAUGCAAGCCCAGUGAGACCUUUGAAAAAUAUUUAUUUUCCACACAUCACUCUUCUGGCAGAAGUAAAACUAAGAAUUGCACAUGCAGUUGCACACAAAGCAGCCUGCUCACCUGAACAAGAAGAUGCAUCGCAGUGGCUACAAGCAUCUGACAUGUUAACUACUGCAUUGGAGCUUUGCAGGGCAUCAACAAUGAAGAAGAGAAGUGUAGAAGUUGAAAUUUUGUUCCAGAAAGGUAAAAUAGAACAUCAACUUGCUUUAAAAGGUAGUGGUGAUCCUUCUUUGGCCAUGGAGAUUUUCUUGGAGGCUGUAAGUGUUAGCAGAGAAAAUGAUCAAAACCUUUGGAUCAUCAAAAGGGCUUAUCUCGAGAUAGCACUGCUGCAUUUUCAGUUGGCAAAGCAAAUUUCUACAGACUCAAAUCAAAGAUCAAGCAGUGUAGAAGAAGUAGACAGACAACAAAUUUCAGCAAGGACAGUAAAAGACGGAAAGCGGAAGGUAAGUUGCUAA